GCAUCAUAUAAGUCGUUUGUUGGAAAAACCUUUACCUGCUUUUCCGUCAGAUGAUUUGAAGGAAAGACUCAAAAAAACAUGUACGAAGUUUUCUUCACGUUUUAUAACUACUGCAAGAGAAGCAAUGUGGGAGGAAUUCAACAAGAUAUGGACCGAUGAGAAUAUUACGAAGUCAAUAAUUGAUGCUCUUGGUAUUACAUCUGACUUCUGUUCAUGGUUUCUGUUUUAUCUACAACAGGCUGUAGCAAAAACGUAUCUACAAUGUGAUUCUACUGCUGUGGUAAAUGAUUUGGAUUUGUCAGAUGCUGAACAGGAAUCUGUUGCAUACAUUGCUGGUGCGGUAUUAAAAAAUGUAGGUUCCAAACUGUGCGAGUUAAAGAGGAAAAUUGCAAGUAAUGGUCAAGAUGUUGCUACAGUGGAUAAAGACAUUACAAUACUUAAUGCCUGCAAGGAAACAAGGUCAGAUGGGUUGGGUAGCACCAGUACCUCCACCAAACUGAUUGAAGCUUUAAGUCGAGGAGGUCUUAUUUACCCUAAGGCAUCAAUUAUUAAUAUGUUCUUAGUUAUUGAGGGUAUUUUUAGGCAAAAUCUGAGUCACUGGGCAUCUGAGUCACUGGGGAAUGUAUCAGUUCAAAAUAAUUUUCUUGAUGCAUUGCAAAAAUUUAAAAUGCUUGAAAAGUUUGUAAAUUUUUACCUCAAAGUUAGAUGUUAUGCCCAUGCAAAGUAUGUUAUUGAAAACUAUAGAGUAGACACCAAAACCGAACGUAAGAAAAAAGCACUAAGGAAAAAGUUAAAGCUUUCUGAAGAAGGAAAUUAA